CCGCACCUGCCCGCAGCCCGGCCGACAACUUUCCCUGCCUGUUGCGCGCACCGAGCUUCGUGCCCGGCGGCCACUGCCAUGGGCACCGCGGGGCAGCGCCACGCGUAGGCGGCCCGCGGGGGUCGGCCCGGGAGCGCUGCCAGGGCUCUCCGCCCUCGCCUCGCUCCGCCGCCGCUGCAGCGAUCGCUGCCCCGCGCUCGGCGAGCAUGGAGGUGCAGCUGGGGGUCGGUCGCGUCUACCCGCGACCGCCGGGCAGGACCUUCCGCGGGGCUUUUCGGAGCUUCUUCCAGAGCGUCUGCGACGCUUUCCAGCCGCGGGAGGAACCGGGCGCCGGGCAGCCGCCGCCAAGCGCGCCCUGCCCGCCGACUCCCCCCCGGCCGCCGCCGGACUCCCCCGCCUGCCUGCCAUCCCCGCCCGGCUGCCUGCCGCCCCCUGAGCCCCGUGCCCCCGCUAAGGCGCUGCCGGCCGCCGGCCCCGCCAUGGGCUCGUCUUUUCCCUGCGCCGGAGAGCUGAGGGAACUGCUGGGCGAGGCGGGCGCGAUGCCGCCGCUGCUGCCGCCGCCCGAGACCGAGCCCGCGGACAAGGAAGACCCGCUGGGCGACAGUGCCCGGCAGCUGUGCCGCGCCGUGUCCGCCUCCAUGGGGCUGGCGCUGGAGGCGCUGGAGAUGCCGGCCGAGCCGCUGCCCCGCGAGGACUGCAUGUUCGCCGUGCCCGCCGGGCCGCCCCGCGCCCCGCGCCCGCCCGUCCGCGACCCCUCGCCCGCCUUCGAGGCCGCUCUGGCCGCCGAGCCGCCCGCCGGGCCGGGGCUGCCCCGCGGCUUCGGCCGCGUCAAGCUGGAGAGCGCGGCGGGGCCGGCGGCGGGCGGCGGCUGGGGUGGCCCGUGCCGCUUCGGGGCCGAGCUGGUCCCACCGGGCCCCGCGCCCCCUUGGCCCACCUUCUUCGCCGAGGAGGGGCAGCUCUACGGGCCGUGCCCCGAGCCGCCCGCCGGGCCGGCCGACUGCCCUGCCGAUGCUUGGUACCCACCGGGCCGGGCGCCUUUCGCCGCCUCCGCCGCCGGCAUCAAGAGCGAGCUGGAGCCCUGGGUCGAGGGCUACGCCGGCGCUUACGGCGAUCUCCGGUUGGAGACUGGCCAUGAGCAUGUCCUGCCCAUUGACUAUUACUUCCCGCCUCAGAAGACCUGCCUGAUCUGUGGAGAUGAAGCGUCCGGGUGCCAUUAUGGAGCCCUCACAUGUGGGAGCUGCAAAGUUUUCUUCAAACGGGCAGCUGAAGGUAAACAGAAGUACCUCUGUGCCAGCCGGAAUGACUGCACCAUUGACAAGUUCCGAAGGAAAAACUGUCCGUCCUGCCGCCUGCGGAAGUGCUACGAGGCUGGGAUGACUCUCGGAGCCCGCAAGCUGAAGAAGCUGGGUAACCUGAAGGCACAGGAGGAUAUGGAGGGAGCCAGCUCAUCCAGCCCCACAGAGGAGCAAGCUCCCAAGCUGGUGAUGACACGCAUCGAUGGCUACGAGUGCCAGCCCAUCUUCCUCAACGUUCUGGAGGCCAUCGAGCCUGGUGUGGUGUGUGCUGGCCAUGACAACAGCCAGCCUGACUCCUUCUCCAACCUGCUGACCAGCCUGAAUGAGCUUGGAGAGCGGCAGCUGGUCUACGUGGUCAAAUGGGCAAAGGCGCUGCCAGGAUUUCGCAACCUGCAUGUGGAUGACCAGAUGUCAAUAAUCCAGUACUCUUGGAUGGGCCUGAUGGUGUUUGCUAUGGGGUGGAGAUCCUUCACCAAUGUCAAUUCCAGGAUGCUUUAUUUCGCUCCAGACCUGGUCUUCAAUGAGUACCGCAUGCACAAAUCCAGGAUGUACAGCCAGUGCAUCAGGAUGCGGCACCUCUCCCAGGAAUUUGGGUGGCUUCAGAUCACACCCCAGGAGUUCCUCUGUAUGAAGGCUCUCCUCUUCUUCAGUAUCAUUCCAGUGGAUGGCCUGAAGAAUCAGAAGCUCUUCGAUGAGCUCCGCAUGAAUUACAUUAAGGAACUUGACCGUAUCAUUGCCUGCAAAAGGAAGAACCCCACCUCCUGCUCCCGGAGGUUUUAUCAGCUCACCAAGGUCCUGGACUCCGUGCAUCCGAUUGCCAAGGACCUGCAUCAGUUUACAUUUGAUCUUCUAAUCAAGGCACACAUGGUGAGCGUGGACUACCCAGAAAUGAUGGCCGAGAUCAUCUCUGUGCAGGUUCCCAAGAUCCUGUCUGGAAAAGUCAAGCCUAUCUACUUCCACGCACAGUGAUCUUUCGGAGGGAUCCCCGUGCUGCCACCUCUAUUCCAGCCAUCUCCUGCCUGUUACUUCUGCACUACUGUCCUGCAGUGCCUUGGGGAAUCCCUCUGCUGCCGUGGCCAAGGGGACAGGCAGUGACAGACCUGCUGGGAUUCCUGAGAUUUCUAUUUUUCUGAGGUACCUCUGAACCAAACCCCCGGUGCUGGCCUCUGCUUGGCUCUGGCUGCUCACGGUGCUGGACAGGGGCUGGCGGGGGCAGCGGCACCAUGUCUGAGUGUUCUCCUCUGUCACUGUGACUCUGGUGGCCCAGGGCCACAGGCCAACAGGAGAAGUGCCAGCAGUUGGUGGGUUUGGGGUGAUUUUUAUUAAAAGAACACAAAGCAGGUUGCAGCUCCA